ACUGCGGACACAGUACAGGAGAUGACCAGAGACUGCGGACACAGUACAGGAGGUGACCAGAGACUGCGGACACAGUACAGGAGAAGACCAGAGACUGCGGACACAGUACAGGAGAAGACCAGAGACUGCAGACAUAGUACAGAAGAUGACCAGAGACUGCGGACAUACUACAGGAGAUGACCAGAGACUGCGGACAUACUACAGGAGAUGACCAGAGAAUGCGGACACAGUACAGGAGAUGACCAGAGACUGCGGACAUAGUACAGGAGAUGACCAGAGACUGCGGACACAGUACAG